AUGGCUUUCCGGCGCCUGGGUUGCCCCGCACCGUACCCAACAAGCCGUCGCGAACAUCAUAUAUUCGACUGCGCAAAACCUGUUGACUUAAAUGAUGGCGCUGAUGUGCAGCAUGCCAAAGAAAAUGAGCCUCCGCAACACUAUCCAAAUGGUACCGUCGCCCGUAUGGUGGACUUUGCUCCAGUUGUGAUCUCUCCUAUGCACCGUGCGGGGUCCUUGGACUAUGGCGUUGUCUUGGAAGGUGUCUUUGAAUUAACACUUGAUUCUGGUGAGACACGAAUCAUGAGAAGAGGUGAUAUCAGUGUGCAGAGGGCUGCGGCGCACCAGUGGCGCAAUAUCACGGGCAAUGGUACUAUGCCUGGUCGUAUGCUGUAUAUUCUGCUUGAUUGCAAGGACUUGUUCAUUGAGGGCGAAAAGGUUGAGGGUUAUCUUGGCUUGUUGGGGCAAUAUUACAAAGGAAACGAAAAAUAA